AGAGAGAGGAAAAGUGGGCGUGGAUAUGUAAAACAGGCGCCGUGUUACGUCUCUGAUAGGCCUAGAGCGCGCUCUUGGGACACGCCUUCCGACGCUGACGUCACAUGUCGCUGUGAGUAUAAAAUCCAGGGCCAGCUUUCGGGCCGAACAAGAGUCCUGCGCACGAGAACGUUCAGAGCUGAAAAAAGAGGAGUAGGAGGAGCACACGAGAGAGAGAGAGCCCCGUUGCAAAUAACGCGCACGCACACACACACACACACACACUGACACACAAGCGCACGCGACAGCAGGAGGAGGAGGAGCGCGCGAGCCAGGUUCAGCUCAUAAGCAGGCACGCGGAGGAGGAGCAGGCGCGCGCCCGCCGAGUUCUCUCUCUGUCUCUCUGCGGUGCAGAGCUGGAACACAAGAAGAACUGCUUCUUUUUUUUUUAAAUUCUUUUAUUCUUUAUUUUUUUCUUUCUUUCUUUUCGGAUUCGCCGGCACACCGGAGGGACUGGAGCCCUUCGUGUUGUUGUUGUUGUCCUCGCGCAUUCUUUAAAAUCCUAUUUAUGAUUCAAGUUCAACUUUUGCGAAGCGACCUGAGAUUUGUGCACUGACUUUUUUUCUCUACCUCUGUUUUUUUCUUUUCUUUUCCCUUUUUUCCCCCGCCGCCCUGCUGUAGUAGCAGACUGUAACUGCAAAAAGAAAGUCGGUAAACCAUGCAACUCAUGCACCUCGCGACGUCUUUUCUCGUGCAUUAAUCUUAGAAGAAGAAAAAAGUUCCUUCGUGCUGUUGUUUUUUUUUUUAAAAAAAAGAAAGAAAAAAAGUUUUUCUAGGACACGUUUCCCCACCCGUCCCGUGUCGGUGCAUGCUCCACGGUGUAAAGUGGAGGACUUGGACAGACUGUUGCAUGCGAUUUGAGAAGGAAGAAGAGCAGAAGAAGCAGCAGCAGCAGCAGCAGAGGUGCGUUUUUGCCACGCUCACGUACACGCACAGCAGCGGAGACGCGAUGAGCGCCGAGGUGCUGCCCACAAGCCCGCUCGCCCUGGUGGACUACGUCAACGACUUCGACCUGCUCAAGUUCGACGUGAAAAAAGAGGCGCUGCACGGAGUAGUGAACGGCGGCGCGCGCGCGUGCCCCUCGCGCGUGCAGCAGCCCCAGGGCUCAGUGUCGUCGACUCCGCUCAGCACGCCGUGCAGCUCCGUGCCCUCGUCGCCCAGCUUCAGCCCCACGGAGGAGCACAAGAGCAACCUGGAGGAGCUCUACUGGAUGCCCGGUGGCGGCUACCCGCAACACGUCGACCCUCACGCGCUCGGCCUGACGCCCGAGGACGCCGUGGAGGCCCUGAUCGGGCAUGCGCCGCCGCCGCACGUGCAGCAGCAACAGCAGCUGCAGCAAGGAGGUGGUUUUGAGGGCUACCGAGCUGCCAUGCAUCAUCACCCUCACCAUCCUCACACGCAGCACCAUCCUCAUGCGUACGCGGCGCUCCAGCAGCACGGAGACGACCUGCACUCUCACACGCAGCAGCAGCAGCAGCAGCAUCCUCAUCAGCACCACAGCCAAGAUCCGGACAGCCCGUCUCCGACCUCUCCUCAGCUCCAUCACCACCGCCAUCACGCCCAGCACACCGACCAUCACGGCCAUCACGCCCACCACCACCACCACCACCACCACGCGCAGCAGCACCACGGCGGCAGCAGCAGUGGCAGCGCGCUGAGCAUCCUGAGCGUCGAGGAGCGCUUCUCCGACGAUCAGCUCGUCUCCAUGUCCGUACGCGAGCUCAACCGGCACCUGCGUGGCUUCUCCAAGGACGAGGUGGUGCGUCUGAAGCAGAAACGGCGCACGCUCAAGAACCGCGGCUACGCGCAGUCCUGCCGCUUCAAGCGCGUGCAGCAGAAGCACGUCCUCGAGAGCGAGAAGACGCAGCUCCUCAACCAGGUGGAGCAGCUCAAGCAGGAGAUCGGACGCCUGGCGCGAGAGCGGGACGCCUACAAACUCAAGUGCGAGAAGCUGACAUCGGCGGCUGUGGGUCCGAGCGCCGGCGCGGGCGGGUUCCGCGAGGCGGGUUCCACCAGCGACAACCCGUCUUCACCAGAGUUCUUCAUAGAGUUAACACCCUUCUCAAUUGUUCAGGACGAGAAAAAAAGACGUUUGAAUCAGUACUGAUGCUAAGAAGAGAGAGACAGAGCGAGAGCGAGAGCGAGAGAGAGAGACAGGGAGAGAGAGAGAAGGACAGAGAAAGGGAGAGAAGACCUUUGGACUUUGUUGUUUUCUUUGGACUUCUCCCUCUCGGGUCCAAUAUGUCGAUUUUUUUUGAAAACAAGACAGUAUGCAAAACUUUUAUGCAACAUCUCAUCAGUUUAUUGCCUGCUUGGUUAAAUAAAAGCUAAAAAAAAGAAAAGAAAAAAAAAAAGAUAAAUAUACUGCAUUAAAAUAUUAAUCCUGCAUGCUGGACAUGUACGGUAAUAAUUUCUAUUUUGUACUUUCCUUGUUUAUUUUUUUCUUCUUCGUGUAUCUUAAAUAGCAUGUUGUUGAUCUUUUUGUUUGUUUGUUUGUUUGUUUUUUUCUUUCUUCCCAUCGAUGAUGUUUCUGGGACUUUAGACACGAACCGGUGGCCACAUCACCAGUUCCGACGCCGUUCGUUCGGGGCUUGUAAAUACAUGCAACGGCAAAAAAAAAAAAAAAAAAAAAAAAAUUGCAAGAUUUAAAAAAAAAAAAAUGUCGAAAAAAAAAAAAAUGAACAAGUUGAGCAGAGCUUUGGGAUCUUUUUACGUUUUAGGGCAUUUAAUUUUUUACAAUUUUUUUUUUUUUUUUGCAGUUGCAUCAAAAGUCAGCCGGGUUUGUAUAUUAAGUGCACUUUUCUUUUGGAUUUUGAUUCUUUUCAUUUUCAAUAAAAAAAAAAUUAUUAUUAUUAAAAAAAUUUCUUUUGCAGACCGCCCUCAAGGAAGACAUAACAAAAGAGAUACUCUGUGUUCGACUCGAUACGCUUUGCAUUUGCGUCACAAGGUCAUGCAAUAAAAAAAAGAAAGAAAAAAAAAAAGAAAACAAAAAGACACACAUACGAUGAAAUUCCUUGAGGAGCGGAUUCCCGCUCUGCAGACCGCUUAAUGCAGCGGAGCCGCUCGGGUUUCCUUUUUUCACGUCGACUCGUAGCAGGAAAUGCAGUUUUGUCACGUUGCGUAAUCCGUGCCUGUUAUAUAAUCCGAACAAGUAUCUACAAGUCUCAUCAUUUUUCACUUUCAAUUUGUUUUUUUGUUUUUUUUAAAAAAAAAUUAUUAUUAUUAUUAUUAUUAUUACUUUCCUGUCAGUUUCAUGAGCUGAAAAUUUCCAGAAUGUUUAAACAAAAAAAAAAGAAAAAAAAGAAAAAAUCAAAGCAAUUAUAAUUCUAACAAUUUCCUAAAAUCAGGGUUUUUAAAAUUUUUUUAAAUUAAUUAUUACUUUCGUUUUCUUGUACCGAGUUUUGAGUGAUCAUUCUUUAAUGUUUUCCUGUAUUUUUUUUCUGCCGGUCAGUAAAAAAAAAGGGAUUCAGGUUUUGCAAAAUCUCAAAAUGAAAAAUGUUAUGUUAUGUUAUGUUCUUAUUCAUGUUAUUAUUUGUAUUGUUGUUGUUGUUGUUGUUUUUUUUUCUCUCUCUGUUUUCUGAGAUUCUGGUUCUGCUGGCCAGAUGCAUUAUAGUUAUAGUUAUGGUUUUAUUUUUUAAUGAUUAAAUUAACAGAACUUGUCAGAUCAUAUCAAAUAAGAGCAUGGUGCUUGCAUUUAAGAAUUAUUGUUUUAAAAAAAAAAAAAUGAAACAAACAAACAAAAAAAAAGUCAUGCAUUUAAUCUUGUUCUUUUUUAUUUUUAUUUUUUUUUAGUUACUGAUUCAACUGUGUUGAAAUCAAAUCUGAAACUGCAGCAGCGGGUUGUUGUUCUGUUGGUUAAUUUCCUGUCUUAAUGCAAGGGGAUCAAUUUCAAUCCUGUUUAUAUAUAACAUAAAUGAGAGAAAGAGAGAGAGAGCGAGAGAGAGUGAGAGAGAGAGAGAAAAGUUGUUAAAUUUGAACUUCCAUUCAGGCUGGUUUCUGUUUCGUCUUAUUAUUUUGUUCGGUUGUCGUUUUAUGGAAGAAAAUGGUUUCCUAUUUUGCUUAUUAAAGUCAUUGAAAUGGCAAAAAUUUUUUUGUUCUCUUUUUUUUGUUGCAAGAAUCAUUUCGCAUGCAUUCAUUUUUAUUAUUGAAAUAGUCACAAUCCAGUACAAACACACACACACACACACACACACACACACAGAUGUUUGAGGAACUGAGAACGAGAGCUGAAACAAAACAACCAAAAAAAAAAAAAAAAAAAUAACAAG